ACUAAGCUGGCGCCGCGUGAACAAUUUUCUGGUGCUACGAAGUCCGUGUCCGAGUUAACUUUUAUGAGCUGUGGACGCCAAUUUGUGUACGUGAAAAACGGUGGUGUCGUGGCAGAAGUUGUGCAUCGCGUCCUUUGCUAGCGCUACCGACUGUUGGGCAACGAGGCUGAACACCGGAAGAGAUAUUGAAUUCAAUUUCACAUUUUCUUAACGCUGGGAUUCACACCAAGUGAAGGCAAAAUGGUGAACGAAUACACCGGACCUCCUCCUCAACAAGAGAUGGAAACAUUUCUACCACGCGAUGCGAAAAAUGGAACCGUUGUGUACAAAUUCACCACCGCAAAAACUGAUGUCGAAGCUAAUGGAAUUGCUCCAUUUGAUCCGUUCAAAGAACGAAAGCUGGAUCAUCCCACUACCGAUGGCGAAACGUUGACCCAUUUGCUGAAAGCCUCGCUUGGCACUGGUAUCCUGGCGAUGCCAGUCGCGUUCAGUUACGCAGGAUUGGCUGGUGGAAUCAUCGCGACCGUACUUACUGCCUUCAUCUGCACGCACUGCGCGUAUGUGCUGGUCAAGUGUGGUCAUACCUUAUACCGACGAACGCAUCGAACAGCGAUGAGCUUCUCCGAAAUUGCAGAAGUAGCAUUCGAGAAUGGGCCCGCCUGGGGUCGCCGAUGGGGCAUGCCUACCUCGUACUGUAUCCGCUACGGUCUAUUUGUGACGUACUUUGGAACAUGCGCCGUAUAUACCGUCAUCAUUGCCACCAACUUCCAACAGGUGAUCGAACACUACUACGGCAGCCCCCUGAAUCUGCGCGUAAUGAUAGCGCUACUACUCGUCCCACUUAUCCUACUGUCGUGGGUGCCCAACCUGAAGUACCUCGCUCCGGUUUCGAUGGUGGCCAACAUUUUCAUGGGUGUGGGCUUGGGCAUCACCUUCUACUAUCUCGUCACCGAUAUGCCAGCCAUCAGCGAACGUCCACUGUUUCUGCCAGUCGUACAAUGGCCUGCCUUCUUCGCUAUUGUCAUUUUUGCAAUGGAAGCCAUCGGAGUGGUGAUGCCGCUAGAGAAUCAAAUGAAAACCCCGCAGAACUUUAUCGGCAUUUGUGGUGUGCUCAAUCAAGGCAUGGCCGGUGUUACGCUCAUCUACAUUUUACUCGGAUUCCUUGGUUAUGUUAAAUAUGGUAAUGCUGCUCUCGGUAGUAUCACGCUGAAUCUGCCCAUUGAAGAAAUACCUGCGCAAGCCGUGAAAAUCCUGAUCGCUUUGGCCGUAUACUGCACCUUCGGAUUGCAGUUCUACGUGUGCCUCGAUAUUGGAUGGGUCGCCAUCAAGGAUCGUUUCACCAAACGCCCGCGUCUAGUGGAAUACAUCAUGCGUACACUGCUCGUAACAGCUGCCGUCCUUCUUGCUGUCGCCGUUCCCACUAUUGGUCCAUUCAUUGGAUUAAUUGGAGCGUUUUGUUUUUCGAUUCUGGGGCUUUUGAUACCAAUCGUUAUCGAGAUGAUCACGUAUUGGGAUGAAGGAUUUGGCCCCGGCAACUGGAUCGUGUGGAAGAACGUUGUUGUCGCUAUUUUCGGCGUCAUUGCAUUAAUUUUUGGCUCCAAGAGCUCCAUUCAAGACAUUCUAGCCUUAUACGCGUAGAACCUUCCUGCUGCAUGAUGAGUUGCCUCUUGGGCAUUGUUUCUUUACUACCAAUCCAACAUAACACUAUGUCCGCACGGCUUAAAAUCAGUUCUGCUUUUGGAUGCAUUCUGUGAGGUCAUGUCGUGAUGCCUGCGUUCGGCAUAUGCUGUGUUCUUCGACGUCAUAUCAGUAGAAAGGAUUACAACAGCUUAGCGUAGCUGAAACUUCCAAAAAUGCAUAAAAUGCGUCGCCAUCGGGGAGAAACCGAAGAUUCAGGUUAUGCUUGCCGGUGUCCUUUUGAAGUGAUGAAUAUUGUGCCUCACUGUGUAUCUUGUAGCGGAUUGUGAAACGAAUCCUCCACACAAGUGCCUCAUAACGACCAAAAGGUAACGAAUGAACAAUCGUUAACAUAGUUUGUUGGCCAAUUUAGUUACUCCAUGAAGCAUGCCGUCGCAUACUGUUUUGAUUUUCUUAAGCCUCAUUGAAAAGUAAAAUCAUGCGCGCACCGCAAGGCUAGUUAACAAAAAAAAGGACAUGUCCUGCAGUUAGCCUUUUUUCUGGGUUUCUUACACCAAUUAUGAUCGUCGGUUAUCUAAACUACGCAUGUAACAGUUUUGCAUAUUCAUCUUAUUCUGUCGAAACCAUCGACUGGCAUAACAAUCAAUCUAACCCAUAAUGAUGGGGUUGAAGCGUUCUUUUUUGCAUUAUGAAAAGCGGGCGAAACCGGAUUUUGUGAAUGAUCAUUUAGGGAACCCUGUAGGUCCGCACGUGGUUGAUGUACAAAAGACGCAAGUGGCGCGAUAUGCUAGCAUACAUUUUUUCUUUGGAUACUUCCUCCCAAGCAUAACGCAUCGGUACUUUUGCUUUUUUUAACUUCCAUAUUAAUUUCAUUCGUUUGCACCCAUCUUGGAAAUCUAUUGCAUUAGAAUAGGAUAAACUUAGACCCCAUUCAUAUUGAUGCCGUUCUUUAAUUGUACUUUUGUACCAGCAGGGCAAAUACCAACGAAAAAAAAACGCUAUGAAAUAAAACAAGGUUGAGUAAUUAUUAUUCACGUAA